CAAACUCAUUCACCUCUUCUUCAGUUCUCUUCUUACUCUUCACUUCUUCACUUCUACCUUAAGGUCUUGCCGGACAAAGCCAACCUUUUUCACCAAUUUCAAGAUGAAGUACUCCGUUCUUGCAGUCCUGGCGACUAUCGCCCUAUCCGCGACGGCCGCGCCUACCCCUAACCGCCAGGCCGCCGAGGUGCCAGACUGUGUCUCAACUCAGAGCUGCGCAGACGGCAUUCACACACCUGCCGACAAGCGUCACUCCACCGCUGCAGCAACCCAGGAUACCGAAGAAGUACCUGACUGUGUUUCCACACAGAGCUGUGCCGAUGGAAUCCACGCCCCCGCAGACAAGCGACACACAGCCCAGACGCAAGCCACCGAAGACGCAGAAGUACCCGACUGCGUCUCGACUCAAAGUUGCGCUGACGGAAUCCACGCACCAGCUGAUAAGCGCCACACCGCCCAACAAGCCGAAGCCGAGGUACCGGAUUGCGUGUCAACCCAAAGUUGCGCCGAUGGUAUCCACGCUCCGGCUGAUAAACGCCACGCAGCUACCGCAGCUCAAGACACUGAGGACGAAGAAGAGGUUCCAGACUGUGUUUCCACUCAGAGCUGCGCCGAUGGCAUUCACGCGCCGGCUGAUAAGAUCUGAUUGAUGUCAUGGUAGCGAGGAUGUAGAAUAGAAAGGGACUGGGAUUAGAGCGUGGGAAAAGUCGGUGAUAAAAGGAGAAAGGGAUAUGAAGAUAUUGGUCUCGUUUUCAA